AUGAUGAAAUUACUAUCACUUCUUGUUUCUUCAAUCUUUCUCUGCAUGAGCUAUUGUUCCUCUCUGAAUUCCGAUGGUUUAUCUCUUCUUGCUCUUAAAUCCGCCGUGGAUAACGACCCGACAAGAGUGAUGCACCACUGGUCCGAAUCCGACAAAACUCCUUGUCAUUGGUCCGGAAUCACCUGCACAAACGGCCGAGUCACAUCACUUAUACUCACCGGAAAAACCCUCUCCGGUUACAUUCCAUCGGAACUCGGUCUACUCGACUCACUUAUCCGACUCGAUCUAUCUCACAACAAUUUCACAAAACUCGUACCGGCUCGUCUCUUCGAAGCAACCAAACUCCGGUACAUCGAUCUCUCACACAACUCACUCUCCGGCCAAAUCCCACCUCAAAUCAAAUCCGUGAAAUCUCUCAACCACCUCGAUCUCUCUUCCAAUCAUCUAAACGGGUCACUUCCCGAGUCACUCGCUGAACUCGGAAGCCUCGUCGGAAUCUUAAACCUCUCUUAUAACCGAUUCACCGGCGAGAUUCCACCAUCGUACGGUCGAUUUCCUGUUUAUGUAAGUUUGGACUUCGCUUACAAUAAUCUCACCGGAAAAGUACCUCAGGUGGGUUCUCUGAUGAAUCAAGGACCUAUCGCAUUCGCCGGAAACUCUCAUCUUUGUGGGUUUCCAUUACAGACACAAUGCGAAGAAAUAAAAAUCCCAACUUUCGUCACUUCGAAACCGGAAAACACUCAGAAUCUCCAGAAACCAAACCCUAGCGUUAUUGUCAAGGAGAAGAAGCAGAUCUCAGGAUCGGUAACGGUUUCUUUGAUUUCAGGAGUUUGGGUUUUAAUCGGAGCGGUUUCUGUAUCGGUUUGGUUAAUCCGGAGAAAACAGAGCUCCGGCGAGUACAAAACAGAGUCGAAGACAGAGUUCGACGAAGAAGGGCAAGAUGGUAAAUUUGUAGCGUUUGAUGAAGGAUUCGAGCUUGAGCUUGAGGAUUUGUUGAGAGCAUCGGCUUAUGUAAUAGGUAAAAGCAGGAGCGGGAUUGUGUACAGAGUAGUGACGACGGAAUCAUCCUCCGACGUUGUUGCCGUUAGAAGGCUCGGCGACGGUAACGCCACGUGGCGGUUUAAGGAUUUCGAGAACGAAGUGGAGAUUAUGAGUAGGAUCAAUCAUCCAAACAUUGUUAAGCUAAGUGCUUACUAUUAUGCAGAGGAUGAGAAGCUUCUAAUCACUGAUUUCAUUACCAAUGGAAGCUUGUACUCUGCUUUACAUGGUGGACCUNCGAAUACUCGGCCUCCGCUCUCUUGGGCUGAGAGGUUACGUAUAGUACAAGGGACAGCUCGGGGUUUGAUGUAUAUACAUGAAUACAGUUCAAGAAAGUAUGUACACGGCAACUUAAAAUCGAGCAAGAUCCUGUUAGAUGAUGAGCUACAUCCUCGCAUUUCGGGUUUCGGUCUCACACGUCUGGUUUCGGGUUAUCCCAAACUACCAACUGAUCAUUCACAAUCCACCAAAAUGCAAAGCAUAGACCACACAGUGGCGACAAGGCUCUCAGCUCAUCAAGUUGCUUACCUUGCACCCGAAGCCCGAGCUUCUUCUUCUGGUUGCAAAUCAUCUCAGAAAUGCGAUGUUUAUUCAUUUGGGGUGAUUCUAUUGGAAUUGUUGACUGGUCGGUUACCAUAUAAUGGUUCCUAUGAAACCGAAGGAGAAGAACUCGUUAGUACUUUGAGGAAGUGGCACAAGGAAGAGAGAUCGUUGGCCGAGAUCUUAGAUCCGAAGCUUCUAAAUCAGGAUUUCGCCGAUAAACAAGUUCUUGAAACCAUUCGUGUCGCUUUAAACUGCACGGAAAUGGAUUCAGAGAUGCGUCCUAGGAUGAGAUCUGUGUCUGAGAGUUUAGGUCGAAUCAAAUCGGGAUAA